GAAGUCGACACAGGCGACUACGUGACCUGGGAUGCCAUCUUAAGCCACUUCGGCGGAGACAUCAACAAAAGCAUCGCCUUUGCCGAACGACGCAGGGGUGAGCACAAGGGGACGAAGAGGGAUCGCAAUGAUCCCUCCGUCGAGAAGUUUCUUCUCUGGAAGGAUGCUACGGUGACGGAGAGACGCAAGACCAUCGACGAGGUUUGCAUCGAUGUGGGCUGCAACGCGGCCGAUGUGGAGCAGCUCUUGUCGGCCAUGGACAAUGACCCCAUGUUCUACAAGAGACACGCACUGCCGGAGCGCAGUGCAGGGCCGGGCUCGCUGAAUGUGAAGGAGGAGCAGAUGAAUGCUGAUGAUGGCAAGACUUCCGGGAAAACUCACAAGAUCAACCCGAAG